GCAGGGGGAUAUGGGCUGGACUAGUUUUGAAGUGAGGGAAGCUCGCAGUAAAAUUGAGUAUGAAGAACGGCUGAGGAAUAUGGAAGAAAGUAAAUGGGCUGGGAGAGUGUUCAGGUAUCUGUACAGGCAAAACAUUGAUUCACAGGGGAGGAAAAGAACUAGGAAGCUUACCAGCAAGUAUGCGGCCUGUGGGGUGGGCAACACAGCAACAAGGAAGGUCAAGCGGAAAGUCAGAGAGGCUGAAUUAAUCUCAUGGGUGGCGGCAAUGGAAAAGAAACCUGCCAUGAGUAACUACUUAAGAGGAAAAAACGAAAUCGGAAAAGAAACCAUUUAUGAUAACUCAAAGGGAAGCUCAUUACUUUUCGAAGCGAGAUCGGGAUGCCUUAGAACACGCACCUAUAAAGCGAGAUAUAAGAAGGAAGAAGGAGCAUGUGCUUGCUGCGGUAAAGCUAGGGAAACGAAGGAGCAUAUUUUAUUAGAAUGUGAACACGUCUACCCAGCGGUCGAUUUAGGCACCACUGGCCUCCUUGAAGCCCUUGGGUUCAGCGGGAGCAGUGGUAAAGCAAACAGGUCCGCAAUAGACAUUAGUAAGAGGUGAUUGGAGGAUUGGUGGAAGAAAAGUAGGGAAACGACAAAAGACGGAGACGUACAAAAGCACAAUUCGCAAUAGGGGAUCAGAAAGUUUGGACGUGGUAGUUCAUAGUGUCUUUUUUUUUCAUUGGUUAACCUAGGUAGGAUAUUAGGCAGCAUAGUAGCAAGAGCUUGGUGGCGCAACCCACCGCCCCGUUCCAAAGGGGACGCUCAUAACAUCCAUCCAUCCAUCCACGUUUAGUGAUGGCGCUAGCCACCACCCCGUUUCAAGCACACGGCGCGAAUUUUGAAGCGGUUGGUUCAGUCGUUCAGUCGAGCCAACGCCUCCUUUUGUCGAGCACUGGAAGUUGGUUCUUUAUUCUAUGGCCAUGGCGCUAAAUGUGGCAGCACCGAAGGGACCACAUGUGUCGCAGGCACAGAGAGAGACGGUGGUGGCCUUCAUGGCGCAGCAUCCCCAGUUGGCUAUAAGGUCCAGCGAGUUGGGGCCGCGCUUCACUGUUGGCGACCGCCGACGGCUGUGGCAGCAGCUGGGCGAUGCUCUGAACAGCGAAGGCCCUGUUGUCAAAUGUACUGAACAGUGGUAGGAGUGGUGGCGCAAACAGGUUUUUGAGGCCCGCCGUGACGCUGCCGCAAUCGCCCAAGAACAAAGGUGAGCGACCGUCCAAUGAUCUGGGCGAUUUGUCCUUCGACAUUGGCGUGUAUUUUCAGAAGCACAGGAGGGGGGCGGCUACACGGUUUUCGUGGCCGAGUCCUACAUCUGACCGGGACGGUCCGCCUCCACGGCGUGACCGACCUCCCCUAUCAAGAGCAGGCUGACGUCCCCACCGCCGCCAUGGAAGUCGUCGUCCAAGACGAGGCUGCGGGAGUGAGGAGCACAGUGACACCGGCAGAGGAUCCACCGCGCGGUGCGUCGCCUACCGAAAGGGUGGCCGCUGCACCUGUGUUGCAGCACCCUGUUCGGCCACCACGUCGACAGCGACCGCGACGGGUGGAUACCUUGACGACGAUGUCAUCGCAGUGCACCCGCAGCGUGGAACAGGGCGACGAGAUGCCGCAGGUGCUGCGGAGAAUCGAGGCCUCCACCACCCGCCUCGCUGUCGCGGCAGAGCGGACGGCAGCAGCUCAGGAAGGGAUCUUGGAGCAGGUGCGCGCCAUAGCGCAAGACAUCGCUGCGCCCCUGCAACAAGACAGAAAUUAAUUUAUCAUUCAUUCAAUAUCAUUUUAUUCAUUUGUGUUUCAUCAGUUCCGUUUGUUUUAUUUAUUUAUUGCUUGAGCUUUAGUGUUUUAAGUUUCCUUUAUGAGUAAUACAGGGGGAUUUUUUGGUUGAAAGGUGUAAUGCGUGCACCCAUUUUUUGUUCUGUAGUAUUUGUCUCUUUCUAUUUAUGGUUAUGCAACUGCAAUGCCAGCGUGCUUUCUUUAUUUACACAUUUCAAAGGCACCUAGUCAUUCACACUAGAAUCAUUACAAAUAGUUGUCGAUUUCUGCGUAUGGGUUUUGUACUGUGAUAUUUAUAUUGCUUCACUGUGUUGUAGCUUACUGCACUCAUUAUGAAGCGUUACCGCAUAGUGUUUGCAGUGUGAUAUUUUCAUUUCGGCACGGUGAGGCUAAGGUGCAACAACUACACUGUGCUCUUUUUUCAAAGCACCAAACUAGUCACUCUUUAAGUUGCAUAGUUUCACAAAUGAAAAUGACCAUCAUCAUUGCACCACGCCAGUGAUUGGUUUCCUCUAGUCUUCGCUCCAAGGUAGUCAUUACAAUAACUUUCACGUGUGACAUUUUCUGGGUGCUGUGACAUUGCAGAGCCAAUUAUUCAUGUUUUAUGUAACAUGUUUCAUCACAGCUGGCAAGUGCGCUCACCUUUUUACAAUUAUGAUUCACCUGUUGUUUAGCAUCGCACUACAAUUCCUGCCGAGAAAUGAAUGCUUCUAGUCAGUGACUCAUAACACUGACAAGGGAACGGACAUACCUGCGAACGUCAUACUUUCUUGCAAGGUCACGUAAAUGUGCCGUCACGUAAAUGUGCCGUGGUGAAAACGAAUUGUGUGAUGCUGAUGUUGCAAUGAUGUCACAUGCUUUGCUACCUGAAGCAUGUUGUACUGCAAGGGUUGUGAUGUACUUGUCAUCAUAGAGUGUGAUAAAGUUGACCUAUCUAUUUUUUGCGCUUUUACGUUAAUUUACGUCUACCAUUUGGACAUGAUGUGACGAGUGUAAUGUUGUCACUACACUCAGCGUUACAUUUUGUUUGUGUUUGAAUCCGCAUCCAUUACGCUUUACUUGCUUGCCUCGCCUGCGUAUUCAUGCUUGCACAGAAGUUUUGAUACACCUAGCACAAGAGAUGGCUAGCAAGCAUAUUGCCUCGCUCCUACCAAUGUACACUGAGCGUCCGAAUGCACAGGAUGCGGCGGUUGCGUUCAUUCUGGUGUGUUUUAUGAAAAUUUUGCGCACCUUUUGCUGAUGGUGACCAUGAGUACAGAGUGCCAAUCAUAUGUACUGUUUCCAUCAAGUCUGUCAUGACUAUGAUGGGUCAAGGGAUGUUUUCAUGUCACAUUUCAUGUGAUAUUUAAAGAAAAGGCUGCACUUUCAAUUUGCUACUGUGUUUCAUGUUGCACUAGAAAAGAAGUACUUUGUGCCAAUUUCCCAUUACUGUAACCACCAACUAUGGCAAAACAAACACAUGUUUGGACAUGAGUAGAAAGUAACUGCUGCAUCUACAGAAAGUGGCAUAUCACAGGAUGCACAUAACACAUACAAGCUGUUGUAGCGUCGUAUUUCUAAUGUUACAUGAGGAAAGAAGCACUUCAUGAUGUGCAUAUUGCACAAAACAAUGCUAGCUUGGGAGCAGCAGCAAAUGCAGUUCUUCACAGAUGAAGGGGCAUGAAGCAUUGCCUUACGACUGCUUCACGAGUACUACUGUUAAUAAGUGGCAGCCUUGGAGACUCGUGCAUAGUGAAGAGGGUACAAUUGUUUCCGAGUCCAUGGCUGUGGCAUUCUACUUAAAGGAUUCUUUGUAUAAGUGUACUUCGUUUGUGUUUAAAUUAUCAUAAUCUGUAGGAUGUGUGGAUUUGGAACAUUGAUUAUCCCUAUGGAGGUGCACUUGUUGUGUAUACAAAUUUUUUAAUGUAUUUUGCGCUGUACAAACACAGCCCUGUGAUAGCCCAAGGGCACGGCAAUUUGUAUAAAUAAAUUAUAUAUUAUGAAAACUCA